AUGGGCGAUUUUUUCAAGUCGCUAAACUUUAACUACUUUAACACCACCUCCGAUGCAGGUGGAAAUGGAGGAGGAGGAGGUUCCACUAAUGCCACAGUGAACAGUGGAAGCAUGGACAAUGAUUACGUUGGCCAAUAUGUGGAAAUCUCCGGAUUGAAGCUGCGCACAAAAUGUGUCAUAGCCGAAGGCGGAUAUGCCUUUGUGUACGUCGCACAAGAUGUGAAAAAUGGCACAGAAUACGCCCUCAAGCGCUUGAUCGCCGCCGAUCAGCAGGCCUGCCGAACAAUCAACAAUGAGAUUAGCAUCCAUAAGCAACUAUCUGGGCAUAGCAACAUUGUCACGUGCAUUGGCACCAGCUGCAUUCCUCCCACAUCCCAUCAUGGCGCACAGUUUUUACUGCUAACGGAACUGUGCAAGGGUGGCUCUCUGGUGGACUGCUUUAGAGUAGACAAUUCAGCGCUCGAUCCGCCUCUUAUUUUACGCAUCUUCUAUCAAAUGGCACGCGCCGUUGCCCACAUGCAUACACAGUCGCCGCCCAUAGCUCAUCGUGAUAUAAAGAUUGAAAAUUUCCUUAUUGGCAAUGACAAGCAGAUCAAACUUUGCGACUUUGGUUCAGCCAGCAAGGAGGUGUUCGCGCCCACAUUUGAAUGGACCGCACAUCAACGCAAUAUGCUUGAGGAUCAGCUGAAUACGGUGACCACGCCUAUGUAUCGUGCGCCCGAAAUGUUGGACACAUGGUCGAAUUAUCCAAUUGGUCCCAAGGCCGAUAUAUGGGCACUUGGCUGUAUAUUAUAUUUUUUGUGCUAUCAAAAACAUCCAUUCGAGGAUGGGGGCAAGCUGCGUAUCAUCAAUGCCAACUACAUUAUGCCUCCUGAUUCUCGUUAUAAUUGCUUUCGCGAGGUUAUAAAAGGCUGUUUUAAAGUGAAUCCAGCUGAACGCUAUGACAUCUCAAUGGUCUUGGAGCGCUUGGCAGCGAUUGCUGAGACAAACAACUGGUCGCUUAAGGGACCGUUGGAUUUGCGCGGAAUGCCCAUAGAGACGUCACCAGCCCAUAGUCCAGAGAGAAGUAUGCCCGAAACGAGCCACUCCGAGUUCUAUUGCGACAAUCCAAAUCCUACGGCUGUGCCCACACCAACGCCCAUGUCUACGAAUGCACCACAAACUGCUCCUGCUACAUCGACCUCGACGGCCAAUCAUGCCAGCGGUAGCUUGCUGUCGUCUCUGCGUGGCGGUGCUGGCACUCUGUUCAAGAACCUAAAAGAUACUUCAACCAAGGUGAUGCAAACGAUGCAACAAUCAAUUGCACGAAAUGACUUAGACAUUAGUCACAUCACUUCGCGCGUUCUAGUAAUGCCCUGCCCCUCGGAUGGCUUCGAGUCCACUUACAAAACGAAUAACAUUGAGGAUGUGCGCCUGUCGUUGGAGAGUCGCUUUGCACCGCAAAAGAUAAGCAUUUAUAAUUUUGGACCACGAACUGUACCGCGCCUGCCACCGCCAGUACGAACUGUGGAGGCGGGCUCUGUGUAUGGCUGCCCACAGGCACACGCCCCCAAUCUUCAGGGCCUGUUCACUGUUUCAGCGGAUAUGUAUAACUUCCUUAACGCAGAUCCCAAAUCUGUUGUCAUUGUGCAAACUGGCGACUCGGGCGGCUGCACAGCGGCCACUGUUAUAUGCGCUCUGCUUAUGUACGCAGAUUUGCUGCAGGAACCGGAGGACGCGGUGCAAGUAUUUGCUGUUAAACGCCACACCAUUAAUUUGCGCCCCUCCGAGUUUCGAUAUCUCUACUAUUUUGGUGAUAUUUUGCGGCCCACGCCGCUCCUUCCGCACUACAAGAAUAUCAACCUGGUUUCGCUCAGCUGUCAGCCCGUGCCGCGCAUGACCAAGGCUCGUGAUGGCUGCCGGCUUUACAUGGAGGUCUACUGCAACGAAAUGUUGCUUCUCACUACGCUGCAAGAUUACGAAAAAAUGCGGCUAUACAUAGCGGGUCCAGGCAAAAUCGUGCUGCCAAUUAACUUAACAGUUUGUGGAGACUUGACUAUUGUAUUGUACCAUGCGCGUAAUGCGUUGAAGGGCAUGGUGCGACCGCAGGGCCUCAAGAUCUGUCAGUUUCAAAUUAAUACUGGCUUUGUGCCUGAGCCAGAGACACUCAUCACAUUUAAUGCCCAUGAUCUCGAUGAUCUGCCUGAUCCGGAGCAGGUGCCGCCAAACUUUUGCGUGUCGCUCUCAUUAAGCGUAUCGGAUACAGAAACUCCGCCCAGCCACAAGCCACCAUGGCUGCCAGCCAAGUCCAAACGUAAUGCACAAAACUUAUUUAGUUCUGAUUUAGAGUAUGUGGAGAUGCUGGAUAAUUUCGUGACCAAGCCCAGUACAAAAUCCUCUCCGCCAGCGUCUGUUAGAAAGUCGGAACGAUCGAGCUCGCCGUUAGUGUUGCCCGAUGUUACGGAAAUAGCUCAUGAUACACCCACAGCAAUGCCAGAACCCUCGCCACCCAUUGAUUUGCUCAAUCUGAAUCAACAGCCAAGUGCAGGGGCUGCAGCAGCUGCGGCUGAUCCACUGGCAAGUGCCAUGCCCAGCUCAGAUGCCAGCUUCGACCUGUUAGGUGCCUUUGGCGAUGAUGACUCCACAGGCAUUGGAUCGGCACCCAUUCCAGACGUGUUGCCGCCACCACCGCUGCAGCAGACUACACAACAGCCGCAGAUCAACGCAGAUCUUUUUGACAUAUUUGGCUCUAUGGAUCAGAACGUUGGCAUCGGGGCUUCCAAUCUAAAACCAACAACCAGCAGCAAUCUGCCACCUUUUGUGGGCACGGUACCGACCUUCGUCACAACACCAGCUGCGCCCAGAAAGGAACCAUCACCUACGCAACCACAAAAACCACUAGAUCCGUUUGCUGACAUUGCCAACCUGGCUUCUGAUCUAAAUAUAAACUUUAAUCGCAGCACGCUUGGUGCUAAGUCGGCGGGCAGCACGCCUGUUGGCCAUAGUCCACAGCCUACACAAUUUUCCAGCCCGACGCACAAGCCAGCGCCAAGUCCACCACAGACCCAAUCGCAACCUCAACCACAAACUAAACCUCAACAGCAAGCACAGCCACCGUUUGUGAGGACACCACCGCAGCCUCAGCCUCAGCCGCAGCCGCAGCCACAAGCUCAACAAUCACGCCCGGACUAUAGUCGAACGCACUUUGAUGCGCAAAAAUCAUCGCAGCAACCAGGCGCUGGUGGCGGAGCCAAGAGCUCAGAUAUUUUUGCAGAUAUUCUGGGACAGCAGGGCUAUUCGUUUGGUAGCAAAAUGAAUCAGGGGCCGAGAUCCAUAAACGAGAUGCGCAAAGAGGAGUUGGUGAAAGAUAUGGAUCCGAAGAAAGUGCGCAUUAUGGAAUGGACCGACGGCAAGAAAAACAAUAUACGUGCUUUGCUCUGCUCCAUGCAUAUGGUGCUCUGGGAGAAUGCCAAAUGGCAACGCUGCGAAAUGUCUACCAUGGUAACACCCGCCGAGGUGAAGAAGGCUUACCGACGCGCCUGCCUAGCUGUACAUCCAGAUAAGCAUAAUGGAACGGAACACGAGGAAAUCGCCAAGCUGAUUUUUAUUGAAUUAAAUAAUGCUUGGACAGAUUUCGAGAACGAUGCCACACAGCAAAACAUGUUCAAUGCUUAAAAUGUGUCCUAAAGCUAUUAUAAGUAUAUAUUAAUAUAUACACCAAUAGAUUUAACAAUCCUUCUAUUAGCUAAACCUAGUUUAAAGCCAUGUAAGAGUGUAAGCUUUAAUGUGUAAAGUGAAAGUAUUUGUGUAUGCCACAUAAGGCAUAUACAUUUUAGUUAGCCCAAAAUGAACCCGAUUUGAAAUUCUAAAAUAUUUAUGGACAAUUUACUUAAUUUUGUAACUAAAUCUUAGGUGCCCAUCCACAUUCCCACAAAUACACACAAACCAUACUGUGUACGAGCAAAAAAAAAUGAAGAGCAAAAAAACAUUAUUUAAUAAAUUGUAAUUAAAAG